GACCAUACCCUUGGUCAUGGCCUUGUCCAUGGGGGUGAAACCACCCUUGUUGGCGAAAUCGUUGGUGUCGCCGAACGCGGUCUUUUGGGCGGCGCAGAAUGCGGUGGUGAUGGAGUCGUAGGCGGCCAUACCAGCAAUGUUGGUCUUGGAGUUGGCGAUGACUUUGCCGUUUUGGACGUAGAGGCGGCGGAUCUCGUUGAGGGUACCGCUGGAGGUGCCGUCGCUCGUCAAGAAUUGGGUGACGACGGUGAACUUGGAGUUGGUGUCGACGGUCAAGCCGGGGCCGUAGUAGGUGGUGUCGCCCAUACGGUACGAGUUGAAGUCGCAUCCGUCCUUGUCGCACACUCCACCGUAGCGGUUGGAGCCGUCCCCGCACUCGGUGCCAGAGCAGCGGUACUGGCCGUCGACGGUGCAGCCGUGGGGGGUGUAGGCAGCAGCGUACUUGUUGGCCUCCCAGAUAUCCAUCUCGUUACAGCAAGAUCCGUAGUUGCCCUUGCCGGCGUUGACGUCGUUGGAGGAUGGGGUCCAGCCCUCUAC